AUAUCACCAAGCAGGCAGCGCAGAUUAUGGCGCAGGAAGGGAAAUUGGAUCUGCUGCUCAAGACAAUGGAGGAGAAUGAGAAGAAGAGGGCGGAAGCGGAGGAGCGGAGUCGGCUGGAUCUGAAGGACCUCAAGGCGGCGGUAGAAGCAAGACUUCCACAAGUGGAGAAGCAGGUGGUGGAUCUCCAUGCAUCUCUGGGUAACCUCAGUGCGAAGGUGGAGCAGAUGGAGAGUUCUCUGUUGAAGCAGAGCCGCGGAGACAAGGGGAUUGGAGAAGUGAAGGAGGAUCCGUUUACUACAUCACCCUCACCGUCUCCUUCAUUGAUUCAUGGUAAGAGAGACCUAACACUCAACACCAGUUCGCCUUUUGCGUUUGAGAAUUCGACUGCUCAGUUUGAUAACAUGAUGGGACCGGGAAUGGUGGCUGGAAGUAUUCCUAGUAUGACUUGUCCGCAGUUUAGUGGGGAGAAUCCACAGAUGUGGCGUGCUAACUGUGAAGUUUAUUUUGAUGUGUAUGGAAUUCCUCCUGGGCAGUGGGUGAAGGUUGCGACACUGAAUUUUGUGGGAAAUGCAGCAUACUGGUUGCAAUCUGUUAGAAAUCAAUUGAUUGGGGUGACUUGGUUCGAUCUAUGUGAUAGGGUGUGUGCUCUAUUUACCAAAGAUAGGCAGGAGACCCUGGUUCGCCAGUGGUUCCAUAUCAGACAAACUGGAUCAGUGUCUGAAUAUGUGGAGAAGUUUGAUUGUUUGAUGCAUCAGCUCUUGGCUUAUGAACAAAUUGUGCCCCCAGUUUAUUUUGUUCAGAAGUUUAUAGAUGGACUGAAGGAUGAAGUGAGAAGAGUGGUGAUUGUACAGAGACCCCAGGAUAUGGAUGCUGCGAGUUCAAUAGCACUAUUACAAGAAGAAGCUAUUGAAGGGGUGAAGUUUGGUAUGGUAAGGAAAUCUGAGGGUGGUACCUAUGUUAAGUCCCUGCACAAGACUAACUCGCAAUAACAGUUAACAACCACUCAGCACUCCCACAGUAACAGGGAUACAUGGACCACUCCGGUGGAUGACAAGAAGAAUGGGGAUCCUAGCAGAAUCAGGGAGGAUAGGGUAUCAGCCUUAAGAACUUAUAGAAGGUCAAAGGGGCUGUGCUUUACUUGUGGAGAAAAAUGGAGCAAGGAUCAUAAAUGUUCUACUUCUGUGCAAUUGCAUGUGGUUCAGGAGUUAGUGUCACUUCUACAAGAUGAAAGUAACAGCAGUGAACAGGUGGAAGUACAGGAUGAAAAGGAGGAUUUAAUAGCCAUGGCCAUCUCACAGCAUGCUGCUAGUGGAACUGAAGCUGCUCAUUCCAUUAGGCUGAGAGGAUGGAUUCAAGAAACUGAGUUGUUAAUGUUGAUUGACUCUGGCAGUACCAACUCUUUUAUUGAUGAACAAGUGGCAAUGAAAUUGAAAGGAGUGGAGGUAUUGAAACAGCCUCUGAAGGUGCAGAUAGCUGAUGGAGGACAGCUAUUAUGUUCUAAAAUUAUUCCAGGAUGCACUUGGUACAUGCAGGGCCAAAGUUUUAAGAAUGAUUUCAAAUUAAUUCCAUUGGGAAGUUAUGAUAUCAUCUUGGGCAUGGACUGGCUUGAGCAACAUAGUCCUAUGCAAGUGGAUUGGGUUGAGAAGUGGAUAGAAUUUCAAUAUCAGAAUAGAGCUGUGAGGUUGCAGGGUAUCUCUAGCAGUAAUCCUUCUUGUUCUUUGAUUUCUGUACCACAGUUGGUGGGGAUGGCAAAGUCUGGUGCUAUUAUGUACAUGAUAAAAAUUGAUGAGGUUGUGACUGAAGGGGAAACAGAAAUCCCAGCUCCUAUCCAGCAAGUAAUUCAACAGUUUCAGGAAGUUUUUGCUGAACCUAAGGGUCUGCUGCCCAGAAGGAAUUGUGACCAUAAGAUUCCAUUGGUUGAAGGGGCACAACCAGUGAAUUUGAGACCUUAUAGGUACAAUCCAGAAUUGAAAAAUGAAAUUGAAAAGCAAGUUUCUGAAAUGCUUGAUUCAGGGGUAAUACAACCUAGCCAAAGUGCUUGGUCUUCACCUGCUCUCCUAGUCAGAAAGAAGGAUGGGACAUGGAGACUGUGUGUAGACUAUAGACAUUUAAAUGCAUUGACCAUCAAGAGUAAGUACCCUGUACCCAUCAUAGAAGAGCUUCUGGAUGAACUGUCCGGCUCCAAGUGGUUCUCCAAACUAGAUCUGAGGGCAGGAUAUCACUAGAUUAGAAUGUCACCUGGGGAGGAACAUAAGACUGCCUUUCAAACCCAUUAUGGACACUUUGAAUAUAAGGUCAUGUCCUUUGGUUUAACAGGAGCACCAGCUACAUUUCAAGCUGCCAUGAACAAGACCCUGGCUCCAGUGUUGAGAAGGUGUGCACUAGUAUUCUUUGAUGACAUACUUAUAUACAGUCCAGAUUUAACUUCUCAUAUUAAUCAUGUCACACAAGUUUUACAACUGCUUAAACAAGAUCAUUGGCAAGUUAAACUCUCAAAGUGUUCUUUCGCACAACAGCAAGUGUCUUAUUUGAGACAUGUGAUUGGUGUUCAUGGUGUAGCCACUGAACCGAAGAAGAUACAAGAUGUGAUUAAUUGGGCUGUUCCAACUACUGUCAAGAAACUUAGGGGUUUUCUUGGUUUAGCUGGGUACUAUAGAAAAUUUGUGAAGAAUUUUGGUGUCUUGUGCAAACCUUUAACUCAGUUAUUAAGGAAGGGAGUUCCAUACAAAUGGACUGAAGAAACUCAGCAGGCCUUCCAACAGAUAAAACAGGCCUUGGUAACAGCACCAGUUCUGGCUCUACCAGAUUUUUCUAAACCCUUUACUGUUGAAACAGAUGCUAGUGACUAUGGCAUUGGAGCAGUACUUUCCGAAGAUAAUCAUCCUAUCGCUUACUUAAGCAAGGCUUUGGGUCCACGCUCUAGAGGCUUAUCAACUUAUGAGAAAGAAUGCAUGACAGUGUUACUAGCUGUGGAAAGAUGGAGACCUUAUUUGCAGCAACAGGAAUUCAUCAUCCUGACUGACCACCACAGUCUUGUUCAUUUGUCUGACCAAAGGCUUCAUACACCCUGGCAGCAAAGAGCAUUUACCAAGUUACUAAGCCUACGGUAUAAGAUUUCUUAUAGAAAGGGUAGCACUAAUUCAGCUGCAGAUGCACUGUCUAGAAAGGAAAACUUAUUGGAGGAUCAGGUGAUGGCUAUAUCAGUUGGGGUGCCACUAUGGUUGCAGGAAGUAACAGAAGGCUAUGAUAAAGAUGCACAUGCCUCUCAGUUAGUCACUGAAUUGUCUCUUCACCCCCAAGCCAGAGAAAACUACUUUCUUCAGAAUGGUCUAAUAAGGUACAAGGGAAGGGUGUGGGUAGGAGACAACCCUGUCUUACAGCACAAACUGAUCUCUGAAAUGCAUGAUAAUCCCAUAGGUGGCCAUUCUGGGUUUCCUGUAACUUACAGAAAAUUGAAACGUUUGUUCGCUUGGAAAGGAAUGAAGAAACAAGUGCAACAUCAACUUAAACAAUGCCAAGUAUGUCUGCAGGCUAAGCCAGAGAGACUGAAGUAUCCAGGGCUGUUGCAGCCGUUACCAGUGCCUGAAGGGGCUUGGCAGGUGUUAUCUCUUGAUUUUAUUAAAGGUUUACCAAAGUCAGAGAGAUUCAAUUGCAUUCUUGUGGUGGUUGACAAAUUUUCUAAGUUUGCUCAUUUCAUUCCUUUAGCACACCCUUUCACUACGGCAACAGUAGCAUAAGCUUUCAUGAGAAAUGUAUAUCGUUUACAUGGCAUGCCAAAGGUAAUCAUCUCUGAUCGUGACAGAAUUUUCACUAGUCAGUUCUGGGAGUGUUUAUUCACUAUGGCGGGUAUCAAGUUACAUAUGAGUUCUUCAUAUCACCCGCAAUCUGAUGGACAAACCGAAAGGGUUAAUCAAUGCUUGGAAAUUUUCUUACGUUGUUUUAUUCAUGCCACUCCUCGCAAAUGGGCUGCAUGGCUGUACUUGGCAGAGUUUUGGUACUAUUCGUCUUAUCAGUCGACUGUGCACAAAACACCCUUUGAAGUGGUCUAUGGUUAUCAACCUAGUCAUUUUGGUAUAAGUAUGGAAGAUUGUGUAGUUCCGGAUCUAGCUGAAUGGCUCUCUGACAGAAAAUUCAUGCACCAUUUGAUUCAACAACAUCUGCAUCGUGCUCAGCAACAGAUGAAAUUCUAUGCUGACAAAAACCGCAGUUUUAGGGAGUUUCAGUUACAAGACUGGGUUUAUCUCAAAGUGCAGCCUUAUGUGAAAUCCUCUGUUGCCAAACGUGCUAAUCACAAGCUCUCGUUCAGAUAUUAUGGUCCCUUUCAAAUUUUGCAAAAAGUGGGUAGUGUGGCUUAUAAAUUGGAUUUGCCUCCUGAUUGUUUGAUCCAUCCAGUGGUGCAUGUAUCGCAGCUCCGAGCUGCUACUGGAUUCAGCCCGCCAGUUCAGCAAGCUUUGCCAUCUCCUUUGGACAAGUUGCAAGUUCCUGAAUAGUUCCUGGAUCACUGUAUUGCCAAGAAAGGUAACACUGUUAUUUCUCAGCUAUUGACCAAGUGGACAGGUGGUGCGAUUGAGGAUGCCACUUGGGAAGAUGAGGAGGACUUGCAGACUCGUUUUCCUCGUGCACCGGCUUGGGGGCGAGCCGGUUUUCAAGGAAGGGAGAUUGUCAGGUCUACUGAUGAUAACCUGACUCAGGAGAGGCUGGACAUCGGCAAGCAGGAGCUAGGGAACAUCGACAACGAGCUGGAAGGUGUACAGGAUGGAGGCGCACUGAAGGAAGGCGUUGGCUCACAAGGAAAGCGUGUUCGUAUUGCUAAUAGAAAGUAUGUGGGCUCUGAAUGGGCCGUGUAAUGCGUGAGUUGUAAUGGGCUUGCCCAGCUGAGAGGGGUUGGUGAGGAGAGAGAGAAAACGGUAUAUGAGACACUGUUGCGUGUUCGAACGGCAUCGAACUGGAACUUGGAGGCGAUGGCGGCGGAGGCUCCGAUCCUGUUGGAUCGAGAGAGUUACUAAAGUUCCAGAUAA